AUGGGGGAGAAGCCGGUUUUCACCAACUACACACCCAUCCUGUGCCCCAAAGCUCCCAUUUCUAAAGUCUUUGCAAUGUCUCACACCCUGAUUAUCCAACCAGUCACGGUGGAUGAGAUUCCCGCCAUCACUCAACUCUGGUAUACAGCCUUCAACAUCCCAAUCAACCUGCGCAUGUUCCCCGAUACUCCCGGCGUGCGCGCGUGGUGGAACGAAGCCAACCGCCACGACGUCCUCGACAACCCGCGCCGAAAAUUACUCAAGGUGGUCGAUCCCUCCACGCCGGAUCAGAUCAUCGCCUAUGCAAAGUGGGAUCUGGAUCCAUCGGAGAGUGGCGCGCGCUUCCCACCCUGGCACGAGGAGUCGGACCGGGAGACCUGCGAACGCCUGUUCACGAGUCUGGGGGAGAAGCGACGGGCCUUUUUGGGGCACCGGAAACACUUUUAUUUAGAUAUGUUGGUCACUCAUCCCGAGUAUCGGGGUCGAGGUGCCGCGUCCUUGCUGGUGAAAUGGGGUUGUGACCUUGCCGACGAGGAAGGAGUGCCGGCGUAUCUGGAUGCUCAUGAAGAUGCGGCACUUUUCUAUAGAAAGUUUGGAUUUCAGAAUUGUUAUGAUCAAGGCGUGACCGCGGAUGGAGCUCUUCCGAUGAUUCGAGAGCCUCAGCAGCAAGCAGUGAACUGA